GUGACGCGAGCGCGCGGCGCGGCGCGGCGGCAGGAGCGGUCCGGCGGCGCUGCCCGCCCGCCCGCCGCCAUGUCGGCCAAGGACCGCAUCGAGAUCUUCCCCUCGCGCAUGGCUCAGACCAUCAUGAAGGCUCGUUUGAAAGGAGCCCAAACAGGCCGUAACCUCUUGAAGAAAAAAUCUGAUGCUUUGACACUUCGAUUCAGGCAGAUCCUUAAGAAAAUUAUUGAGACUAAGUUGCUGAUGGGUGAGGUGAUGAGAGAAGCUGCCUUUUCGCUUGCUGAAGCAAAGUUCACAGCUGGAGACUUCAGUACCACUGUGAUCCAAAAUGUGAACAAAGCUCAAGUCAAGAUCAGAGCUAAAAAAGACAACGUAGCAGGUGUAACCUUGCCAGUUUUUGAGCAUUACCAGGAAGGAGGGGACAGUUAUGAGCUGACCGGUUUGGCCAGGGGUGGAGAACAACUGGCCAAGCUGAAGAGGAACUAUGCCAAAGCUGUGGAACUGCUUGUAGAACUGGCCUCCUUACAGACAUCCUUUGUUACUUUGGAUGAAGCCAUUAAAAUAACAAACAGACGUGUGAAUGCAAUUGAACAUGUGAUUAUUCCCAGGAUUGAGCGUACCCUUUCUUACAUCAUCACAGAACUGGAUGAAAGAGAACGAGAGGAAUUCUACAGGUUAAAGAAGAUACAGGAAAAGAAAAAAGUAUUGAAAGAAAAAUCUGAGAAAGAACGGGAGCUGCGCAGAGCUGCUGGUGGGGAACAUGAACCUGCCAACCUCUUAGCGGAAGAGAAGGAUGAAGACCUUCUGUUCGAGUAACCCAGCACAAAUGUUAUGUAUGGGCGUUGGGGACCUAGAAGACAAUGUCCAAUUGCAAUAUUACUCUGAACAUGUUGCCUCAGUGAUAUUUAUGUCGCUUCUCAGUUGAUGUAUAAAUCUGAGUUGACUGGAUUGUGGAUUUCUCCUGGGAGAUUAGAAAGCUGUGAAUUUGAAUGCAGGUGCUUUACUAUCAAGAAAGCCUUUUUUGUUGGUUUUAGUAGAGACUAUCAAGAGUCCUUGUGUUCCUCCAGUUCUAUUACACAGUAGGAAUGAGUGUCCAUACUUGUUCCUUUUGCAGGAUGGCCUUGGAUUCUCUAUGCAGAUUCCUUUCCAAUUCCUCCCAUUUCUACUAUAACAGCAGAAACUGUUAUUUGGGGAGGGAGAUGCACACAAAGUUUCUGCUGUUAAACUAUUGAAAUUACUUAAAGCAGGUAUUGGCACAGUUUGAAGUCAAAUGUGAGUAUAGGCCACUACGUUUUCUAAUCCAUUGAUGAAAUCCACAGUCUUACAUGAUUUAUUUCUGUUGCACGAUUGUUACCAUUGGCCUAAAAUGCCUAUGGUUUUAAUUAGAGGCUUUGCCAACUUGUGUACUGUCUGUGCUAGAAACAAGUAAAAUUUUCAACUGUU